AUGGCCGACGUCGAGGAACCUCAGUUCACCACUCUCGCCGAGAGAAUUGCUGCCUUGAAUAAGCAGAAAAACUUCAAGGCUCCGGAGGUCAAGGCGAAACGAGCCCCUCCACCCCCACCGCCCGUCAAGGCCGACAAGCAAGCCCAGGCAUUGUCUUCAGUUCCCACAGUCGCAGCAACCCAAGAGCGUCCGACACCAACAAUACCUCCCCGUCCUUCGAGAGCAUUACCCCCCAAGGCCAACCCCCCGCCACUGCCUCGACGAACGACUAAGUCACCGCAGGUCCAGCCGCAACAUUCACCGGCGGCCAGAGAUCGUGUCGCGCCACCUCCACAGAUCCUCUCACGUAGCGCCACCUCACAUAACUCACCUGCGCUGCCGCCACGGAGACCUUCCACUCAGACGCAGUAUCUGGAGGCCCGACGAAACUCAAACGCUUCGGAAAUCUCAACACUUUCGUCUCUUUCCCUGAACAACAAUACUGUGUCAUCAGCUACAAGUAUACACUCCGUCGAUGGCGCAGGCCGCAAAUUGCCUCCAGCGUUCGAUCCCUCCAGUCUUCCCCCGCUGCCGCCGACCAAGAGGGAAAGGGACGCCCAGGCAGCGAAGGAGGCCGUUCUCAAGGAACCUGCGAGACCCCGAGCCCCCAUUCCCAUCCAGUCUGCUCCGGCCAUCAGACAGAUUGAGGCUCCUCAGCGGCCCACAUUACCUCCGCGCCUGAGUAACGCCUCUGCCGUCCAACAAAACCAUACAGUUCACCAGCACGCACCGGACCCAGAGCUCCCUCCUGCCAAACCUCGCCGACUACCGCCCCCAGCAUCUGAGGCCCCUGCUGUAAGGCCCAUCGUUCGUCCGCAACCAGUCACAAAUGGGCAUGAGCAUCAUGUCCAAGACAUACAGGGUCACAGCGUGCCUUCGCAGGCUUCAGAUGAUUAUCUGGAUGAAAGAGAUGUUCCGCCCCCUAUUCCUUUGAGCUCCAGACCCACGAUUCCCCAGCCGAGCGCCACAGCCGCGCAGCAGGCUCCAGCUGUACAGCAACGCGACGACUGCCUGACCUGCCGCGAUUUUUCAGGUCCGGAUGGCGUGGCAGCUCAAUACCCCAGGGAAUCGUUGCCGCGCGAUGACCCUGUCGGCUAUCUUGCUCAUUAUCUAUGCGCCCCUUUCGCAUCUCACACUGACAAGGCGCGGGCUAUCUUCACUUGGUUCCAUCAUAAUAUUGCGUAUGAUUGUCCAGCAUUCUUUGGCAACAGUAUUCGAGCUCGUGGCGCCGAGGAGACGAUACAGAUGGGGAGAGCUCGCGCCGGGUUGGAGUGUAUAACAGUGACGGGUCACGGCAAGGGCAUCGGACACACAGCCCUCAAAAAGGGCGAACGCCCCCCUCCAAAGAAAGCAGAUGGUCAUGCUUGGAACGCUGUGCGGAUCGAUGGGGGAGAAUGGAAGCUCCUCGACUCAUGCUGGGGAGCCGGCAACGUCUCGUCAGCAACUAAAUCAUACACUCCAUCGUUCAAGCCGGAGCAGUUCACGCGGUCGAACGAGAUGUUUGGCCUAUCCCACUACCCGGAGGACAACAACCACUUUUUCCGAAGUGACGGCCGCAUACCUACGUGGGAGGAGUACUACAUUGGCCCCGUCCACGGGGAGACACCGACGGUGUACACCAACGCUCAUCAGGAAGGCAUUGAGGGAAGCAGCGUCUAUCCGCAGGAGAAGCAAAUUUCUGUUAACAGCGGCGAGUGCGUGCGCUUCCAGUUCUCCAAGCUGUGUGAGCACUGGACGUCAGAGCGGCACGGACUCGGGAAGCCGCCACUGCUGCUCCUGAGCAUUGGCGGUCGAGACGGCCGCAAGAAGGAAAUGGUGCCGAUGGACACGGAUGGCUACUGGUGGUGGCUCGAUGUCAACGCCAUUGAUCUCGGUGCGCCGGGUGAAGGGCUAAGCAUCUUCAUGGUAACCAAAUUUGACGGCAAGGACGGCAGGGGGCUCUCCAAGGAGGAGUUCCUCGCGAAAAGGGGCAGGGUUGGCAUGGCGUUUGCUGGGAUCAUCAAGUGGGAUUUGAUUUGA